GCAAUUCUCAAUACCAUUUCCCCACUACUGAAAGCUGCGCCCUGCAUUUACCAUGGCACCAAGCAAGUCAGAUAUCCAAAUUGGCUGGUUCGUUACGGUGACAGGCGUUGGCGUAUCAUCUGGCGAACACAUGGUGCUGAAGGUGCCAAACACUCUUGUUGGCGAAUCUCAGUGGAUGAUUGAGGGAGGAGUAAAUGUCUACUGGGAAAACAUUCAAUCAUGGCGUCCGCCUAACAUGUCGCGGGAACGCUAUAUCGGGCAGUAAGAGCA